AAUGAAGUUAUCUCUGCUGUACGGUCUGUUAUUCAUGUCUGCCUGGGCCCUGAAUGUUGUCAAAUCUAAAGAUGACGUUGAAGAGUCUCAAAACGCAGUCUCCACUAAAACAGACACAUCUGAGGCUAACACACAUCGUGUUAGCAGCGCUCUAAUGCAGUGUGGUGAAUACAGUAAUGAAGUGAUGCCAAACGGCCAGUGCCGUUUAAUAGCCACACUACCACAGCUGGAAGAACAGAGAUGCCCUGAUAUGUUUCGCUGUACGGAUGAGGUUUCCUACUGGCUGCAUGAGAAUGAGGAACGCAAACAGCAAAUGCAGGACCUAAAAGAAACCAUCUCAGAGCUUCAGGAGGAGCUGAGGAACCACAGGCAUCGCAUCAAGGCUCUGGAACUGCAGAGUGAAGAGAAAUACGACACAAACUCUUCUUUAGAGCAUAGCUUGCACACACUGCAGCAAAUCUAUGAAGAAACGAAUACAGUGCUGCAGAUCCACGGAUCGCUCAUCUAUGACAUGCAAGCACAGAUCCGCAACCUAACACAGAUAGUGGAUCGCAUCCGGCGCAAUCCUAGCUGUAUGAUCAACAUCAUCCGCUCGAACAAGCUUCUCAGUGCUCAAGACACCCUUUACCCAGAGGGUCAACACAUGAGAAACUGUCCAAUAGACUGUGCAUCCUUAUACUACAAUGGAAUCCACAGAUCUGGCAUUUUUACUGUCGUUCCCUCCCUAAGUUCGACACCAGUUGAAGUUUACUGCGAUAUGAAGACCCAAGGAGGUGGCUGGACUAUGUUUCAGCGUCGACAGGAUGGUAAGGUUAAUUUCAAUCGCAAAUGGACAGAAUACAGGGACGGCUUUGGAGAUCUGCAUGCAGAAUUCUGGCUGGGAAACGACCACAUUCAUGCCAUCUCCAGCCAAGGAGAAUAUUCCCUUCGCAUAGACCUUGAGGACUGGAAUGGCAAGCACAAACAUGCACUGUACCAAAACUUCUGGAUUGAUAAUGAGGAAAACCACUACCGUCUCCAUGUGUCUGGGUUUAGUGGUACAGUUGAAGACUCGUUUGGUUGGUAUCAUGACAAGCAAAGCUUCAGCACACCUGACACGGGGGACAUCUGUGCCGAGAUAUCUCACGGAGGCUGGUGGUACAAGCAGUGCUUCUUCGCACAUCUGAAUGGAGUUUAUUAUAAGGGGGGGCGCUAUUCUGCCAAAGGGAAGAAUCUUUUGGGGCCUGAUGGGAUUGUGUGGUACUCAUGGAAGGACUCAGAUUAUUACUCGCUGAAGAGAGUGAGCAUGAUGAUUCGCCCAAGGACAUACAGACCCCGCCUCUCUCCAUAA